AUGGUACCAUACUUCAGUAGCGGCUCAGAUCACUGCCUCCUUCGAGCAAAAGUGCGAUUCAGCCGAAAGGUGGAACAGAAGAUUUGUCAGCGUGUGGAGGAAAAAGAGAAGUCGUAUAUGACGACGACUACGACCUGCUUCUCGCAGGAAAUUGGCCACCAAGAAUCUGCUAAAGAGGAGAAGAGCACUGAGGCUGGAGCUGACUGCACCACAUUUCGAGCGAGUGGUCUAGCCAUAGCAGAACAGCUUUAUAAGAAGAUCUUCGGGAGUACAGGCAAGAAGUACCGCAAGAACCUUCUCGACUAUCGUGUCCCGCUGACAGCAUUACUAGACGAAGACGGGACUCGCAUAUCUUCCCAGCAAAAGAUGAUCACGAUAUUUUACAUCAAUGUCUUUCGCUCGUCACUCGUGUCAAACCCAGUUCCCACUGGAGAAAUACCACUACAUUCUACCUGCUGA